AUGCCUCUUCCCUAUCUCACUCAUUAUCUCCACCUCCGCGCGUUUUGCCGAAUCAAAUUUUGGCGCGAUCCACAUUCUGCCUUCUUCAAGGAACACCAUGUGUAUGAUAUGGAUUACAGUCUCUAUCGAGAGCGUGAAGCAUGGCAUUUUGUAUCGCGACACAAUUCCGAUCUCAACCCUCCUCCCUACGUCAAGUCAGAUCUCACACCUGCUGUUUGUGUAGCGAUUGUCACGGUUCGACGAGACUCGGAUGGCUAUUUCGAGGCAUCCGUUGGGUCAUUGCUUGAGGGACUUGACGAAAGAGAGAGAAGCAAAUUAUAUCUCAGCGUACUCUUUGCUGAUACAGAACCGAGGGUACACACUAGCUGGGGCCAGAAAUGGGUAGAGAGGCUCACCGACUCCGCUACAACUUAUAAUGUAUCGGAUGAUCAAUUCAAGCAUUUGCAAGACCUGGAAAGGGAAAAGAACUACUAUGAAAAAGGGGUAUUUGACUAUUUAUAUGCUCUACGAACCUGUCAGCAACUGAACGCUCCCUACACUAUCAUCUUCGAAGAUGACAUCAUUAUCUCUACCGCAUGGCUCUCGAAAACGUUGAAGGCGUUGGCGGAUAUUUCCCGGCUCGAACAACAAUCAGGGAAACCCUGGAUCUAUCUCCGACUCUUUUAUACCGAGACGGCAUUAAGUUGGACAAGCUCAGACUUUGCGUAUAGGAAUAUGCCACUGGUCUUUGGGGUCCUGAUACUGUCCGGAUUGAUAUGCUUAAUUUCCCUUCGCCGCUCUCGCUUCACGCAAUUUCACCUAGAUCCUACUAGCAUAGUAGUCAUCUCAAUGAUUUGCAUUCCAGCAUUCACUGCACUUGUCUACAUGGUCGGGAAGUACAACUUGAUGCCCCUUGACGGGGUUGUCGAGAUGAACAAGUCUGGUUGUUGUACGCAGGGAUUAGUGUUUCCCAGGGAGCGUGUCGAUGGACUGAUUGACUUUUUGAGCGAACGAGGACAUGGCCAGACGGACUCUAUGAUUGAGGAAUAUGCCGAUUCUCACAAACUGAAUCGAUACGCACUGGCACCGCCGCAGCUCCAACAUGUGGGUUUGAAAUCCAGCCGGGAUAAUCUCGACAUCAAUACACGCAGCACGUGGGCAUUUUGGUUUGAAACCAAUGAUCCAAUUAAACUGAAGGAAGACCACCGCAGACUACUAGAGGACCAUGACGUGAUGAAGAUGCUGAACUCGUCAACAAAAUAUGAUUGA